AUGAGAUGGUUUAGGGCCAUUUUGGCCUUAGCCUGCACAUUUUUAAAUGUCUAUUCUUUGCAUUAUGAUCUCGUGGAUGAGGAAAAGGAAAUCCUAUCAAAGACUCUCACUAAAGUACUCGGAUAUGAAACGAUUCCGGAAAGAGAAAAAGCUUUAACAAUGAUGUCACGAAUUCCGUCAUAUCUAUCGCGACGUAUCGAGGCCGUUUUCGAGGAUCUUCAACAAGCCGACGAAUAUCCGGAUGGGAAUAUUGUGAGAGCACUCUUGCCGAGAAUUGGAAAAGCCAAUGGAAACGAAGCGCUUCUCUACGAUGUUUCCGUCGUUUCACCAGAUGAAAAGAUCAUGCGAGUUGAAUUGCAUUUCCAUAUGCCCCAAGCGGGUCGACAUGGCUCUCGGAGAAGAUCGAAGUCGGUGAGAGCCUCGGUCGCUUGUACUCACCAUUUUUGUCGAGGACCUUAUCUGUUAACGCACAUCGAGGCCACGCGCACAACGGCAGUCAUGGACGCGACUCUUCCCUUUGCCCAACUUCACUCACUCAACGGAAGCUCGAUUGCGAUUACGAUGUGGCGAAAGGACAUCAAAAUGCGAACGGCGCGCGAGUUGGUCAAAAGAAAUCCACCGUUUCUCUUGGUUUUUACAGAAGGUGAACCGGUAAAAGAUCUCCAGAAAACAAGAAAAUCAGAGAAAGAUCAGAGAAAAAUCCAAACAAACCACCUUCAAACAAAGCACAAAUUCACCACAGAGAAUCGAAUUCUUCGAGCAAAAAGGAACAAUGAAUACUUCAAGUACAACGAGCAACAACAACCGAAAAUGAGAGCCACGCUGAGAAAGUUGACUAAAGCUCAGCAAAUCGCGGAAAAGCAGAAGAAAGAUCCGUGGUAUGGAUUUGGAGAUGAAGUUGAUGAAGAAUCGAGUGACAGUGAGGAAGUUGAAGAUGAUAUUGAACAACAAGAACAACAAGAACUAGUGCUUCUCAAGAAAGAAGGGGGUUGUGGAUUGUCUCGUCGAUUGAUCUCGACCGCGUCUUUGGGCUUGGAUCACGUUGUGCUCGCUCCUCCACACAUUGAUCUCUCGCAGUGCAAUGGAUCGUGUGAUCAACCGACAAAGCGCUGGUCUCCCCGUGCCACUCUUCUCUCUUCCCUCUCCUCAAUGCGCUCCUCAAUUUGCUGUGCUCCAUCUCGUCUCUCUCCAUUGAUCUUAAUGUUUUUAGAUGAUCAGGGAAAUCUUGUCAUUCGUUUAUUCCCAAGAGCGAUUGCUGAGAACUGUGAAUGCUUG